AUGGCUGACGCUACUCGUGGUCGUGGAGGAUUCGGUUCGCGCGGCGACCGUGGUGGUGACCGGGCUCGCGGCCGUGGUCGUCGUGGCCGUCGCGGCGGCGCAAAGAGCGAGGAGAAGGAAUGGCAGCCCGUCACGAAGCUGGGCCGUCUGGUGAAGGCUGGAAAGAUCCAGAGCAUUGAGCAGAUCUACCUGCACUCUCUGCCCAUCAAGGAGUACCAGAUUGUCGACUGGUUCCUGCCCAAGCUCAAGGAUGAGGUCAUGAAGAUCAAACCCGUGCAGAAGCAGACCCGUGCCGGUCAGCGUACCCGUUUCAAGGCCAUCGUUGUUAUUGGUGACGGUGAGGGCCACGUCGGUCUCGGAAUCAAGACCUCCAAGGAAGUCGCGACUGCUAUCCGCGCCGCCAUUAUCAUUGCCAAGCUCAGCGUUCUGCCCAUCCGGAGAGGUUACUGGGGUACCAACCUCGGUGAGCCUCACUCUCUGCCCACCAAGCAGAGCGGAAAGUGUGGUUCCGUCACUGUCAGACUGAUCCCUGCCCCCCGUGGUACUGGUCUCGUUGCCUCUCCCGCUGUCAAGCGUCUCCUUCAGCUCGCCGGUGUCCAGGACGCCUACACUUCCUCUUCCGGUUCGACCAAGACCCUUGAGAACACGCUCAAGGCCACCUUCAUGGCCGUCGGCAACACUUACGGCUUCCUGACCCCCAACUUGUGGAAGGAGACCAAGCUCAACCGGAGCCCGUUGGAGGAGUUUUCUGACGUCCUGCGUGAGGGAAAGAGAUAUUAG